AUGUCUUUGCUGCUGGACAUCCCAGCGUUCGAUACGCCCUCGUUCGAGCUUGGAGAGCAUGUCCCCCCACGCGCCCCUGACACGUCAGCCACAGCCACAGCGAGCGCGGCGGCGGCGACGACGAAGCGCUUCAUGGCCGGCAGUGCAGUCCCUACAGACGCAGAGGCGAGGUACUUCACCGUCGAAGUCUCGGUGAGUAAGGACCCGGCCGCUCAGCUCAGUACAGCGUGCGAUGUGACUGAUCAUGUGGUGAUCUGUACUACCCCUGUCGCGUCGAUGACCGACUGGCGCGAUGGGACGUGUUCCGACGUGUCACUUGUCACCCACCUUUGCCCCACCUGCCGCACACAUCAUCUCACCUCGAACUCUCAACCUCAAUAUGGAAUGGCGUCAUCCAGCCUGCCCACCUCGUGCUCGCUGAGAUCCUGACGGUCACCUCGGCCAUGCGCAAGAACCAACGCUGGGCUUCGGCACCGCUCUCGACCUAUGGCUACCAUCCGACCGCCUCCUCCUCGUCCUCGUUCUCGUCGACGAUCGCAUCCACCUCGGCCUCGGGCACAUCCCUUGCGACCGCAGUCGGCAACAAUGCGCUGCCCAUCAACGUCCUCAAGCACAAGUCGUCGUCGGGAGCAUCCACGCCGGCCGCCGCGCCACCGACAGGGCUGGGGCCAUCGCUCCCUUCCCGUUCAGUGUCCGCGACCAUGCGUUCGGCUUCAACCGACAGUCGCUUGGGAAAGUCACCAGCUUCGACCGCCGCAUCGAGUCUCAUGACCGCGUUCGGCGUGCUCAAGCUCGAACUGAGGGCAUGCGCCGACGUAUCCCAGCUCGACGCGGUGACCCUCCUCUCCCCCUUCCUCGACGUCGUACGCUCCCCUGAAACCUCGGGCCCGAUCACCGCAACCGCGUUGGCCUCGAUCGACAAGUUCAUCUCCUACUCAGUAUUGCACCCCGACUCGCCCAACCUCGCCAGCGCGAUGGCCCAACUGUCCAACGCCGCGACGCACUGCAAGUUCGAGGCCUCGGACUCGGUCUCGGACGAGAUCGUCCUCCUCAAAAUCCUGGACGUCUUGAGGAUUGGCUUGACGGGACCUUUGGGGGGCGUGCUGAGUGAUGAGAGCGUGUGCGAGAUGAUGGAGACGGGACUGAGCAUGUGUUGCCAGAUGAGGUUGAGUGGUCAGUCUCGUCGCGCUGGGGCUGGUUCAGAGUCCGCUUGGGAUGAUUGAUACUCACGAUCGAACGGUGCGUCUACAGAAAUGCUGCGAAGAUCGGCCGAAAGGACGAUGCAAGCCAUGAUCGCGUCCGUCUUCUCGAGACUGAGGACAUUCCCACCGGAGGAGGACGAGUUCCCACCCGAUUUCCCUUACUCGAACGAUCCAUCACGCGCACCAACCCCGAUGCCGCCACCCCGGGAAGGAUCGUUGGAGGCCUCGAUGGCCUCGACCGCAGGCCCGAGUGGGAUGAACUCAAUACCGUUGACGGCGCCUUCGAGUGUAGUCGAUGGGGAUCAUUCAACACUGGUUGAGGAAGAUGCCUUGUCAACGAUCUCGACCGAGGAAGAGCCCCUUCCCUUUGGUCUACCCUCCUUGCAAGAGGUCAUGCGCGUUCUCGUUUCUCUGCUUAAUCCUCACGACCAGCAACAUACCGAUUCCAUGCGCCUCAUGGCCCUUGGUCUGCUCAACAUCGCCUUUGAAGUCGGCGGACGGUCGAUCAGUCGGUUCCCUUCGCUGCGCGCAAUGGUCGGAGAUCACCUGUGCAAACACUUGUUCCAGCUCGCUCGGUCCGACAACCUCUUGCUCCUUUCGACCUCACUGAGGGUCAUCACCAACAUCUUCGACACAAUGAGAGAGCAACUCAAGCUACAACAAGAGCUUUUCCUUUCCUUCCUGCUCGAUCGACUCGUCAUCGCUCCUUCUGGCGUCGCACCGGGGACCCGCAAGGGCGAGAUCGAAGCCCAGCUCGAUGCUCUGACAUGGGCCAACGAAACGCCGCUCGAAAUCGAUCCUCGAACAGGCGCCGUCAUCAUGAAUGGCCUCGGAUCCCGUGAUCGGGACGGGAAGGAUUCGCGUGAUCGAGACCGAGGUGGUCAAGGGAACGGCGGAGUGACGGGCCAUGGUUACGGUAUGCCCACAGAGGCGAGAGAAUUGAUGCUGGAAAUCAUGGGACAGUUCGCUCGAGGCCCUUAUGCGAUGGUUGAUUUAUGGGUCAACUAUGAUUGUGCGGUCGAAGGCGAGGACUUGUUCGAGCGCAUGAUCCGGUUCUUGGCGAGGGGCGUCUUUCCCUCUCAUCACCAGCCCACCUCGGGCUCUGAUUCGGCGCAGGAUUAUUCUCAACUCUCGUCGCUGGACACGUUGCUCGAGUUCGUCUCCCACAUGGCUUCGCGACAAGGCGACGACGACUCGCCCGAUGCCCCGAAUUCUUUUCCCGCGUCCUCCUCGACCACACUCUCAGCCUCGACCGUGGCCUCAACCAAAGCGAACAAACAACUUCUUCUCGAAGGCGCGGCGCAAUUCAACCACAAGCCCAAAGUCGGCAUCCAAUUCCUCGAAGAACACGGCGUCAUUUAUUCGGACGCGAACACGACCCGGGAGGAGAGCAUGGCCAAGUUCUUCAAGACGACGCCCAGGUUGGACAAGAAGUUGUUGGGCGACUUCAUUUCGAGGGGAGAGCAAAUCGAGGUGCUGAGGGCGUUUAUGAAGUUGUUGGAUUUCGAAGGGGUGAGUUGGCAGGGACGCCGAAGUAAGGGAUCGGAGCUUGAGAAGCGUCCGGGUCGCUAAUGUGGUGGGGUGGAGCUCUCUCUUGCAGAAAAUCAUCUGCGAUGCCAUGCGCGAACUCUUGGAAUGCUUCCGAUUGCCUGGGGAAUCGCAGCAGAUCGCGAGGAUCACAGAGACGUUUGCAGAGGUGUAUUUCGCUACGGGACCUGGUCAGUUCUCCCCAGCUGUGCACUCGCGAGUCUUUGUGUGCAAUAGCUAACGUGUUUCCGCGCCCCAACUCGCAGCCGAUAUCAAGACCCAGGACGCGGCCUACGUUCUUGCCUACUCGGUCAUCAUGCUCAACACAGAUCUGCACAACCCGCAAGUACGAAAGAGGAUGGACAUCGUCGCGUACUCUCGCAACCUGCGCGGCGUCAACGACGGCAAGGACUUUGCGCCCAAAUACCUCAAGAGCAUCUACGACUCGAUCCGUAAGCGCGAGAUCAUCCUGCCCGAAGAGCACCAGAACCAAGCCGGGUUCGAAUACGGCUGGAAGGAACUGCUGCGACGUACACGCCAGAGCGGUCCGUUCGUGCACAACUGCACGAACGCUUUCGAUCAGCAGAUCUUCAAGCUCGUGUGGAAACCUAUCGUUUCGGCGCUGACGUUCGCGUUCGCCGACUUCAAGGACGACUAUAUGAUCCAACGCACGAUCGAGGGCUUCAACGAGUGCGCGUCCUUGGCUGCGGAGUUCGACAUGCCCGAAGUGUUUGACUUCCUCGUCAACUCGUUGGGGCGGGUCACAGGAUUGGCGAACACGCCCACCUCGCCCGAUCUGGGCUCGUUUCCCGUCGUCGACGUCGAGCCGGGACAAUCUGUCGUUGUCAGUCCUCUGGCGGUGCGCUUCGGCAAGAACGUCAAGGCGCAGCUCGCCGCCGUCGUACUCUUCACGAUCGCGAAUCAGAACGGCGCCGCGAGCAUCCGCGAAGGCUGGACGCAAAUCUUUGAGAUAUUGCAAGCCUUGUUUGUGCAUUCGUUGUUGCCCCCGCCUUUGUUGGCAAUGGAGGAUUUUCUUUCGGGUGGAUCGGUCAUCCCGCUCAAGCCUACUUCGGCGCCAGUGCCGAGGGAGGAUCGACGGAGUGACGGUGGGUUGUUGUCGACACUUUCGUCUUACCUCUUGUCGCCUUACGGAAGCAACGAUGUACCGGGGAACGACUACACCGAGGACGACGUUGAGACGACGCUGUCAGCCGUUGAUUGCAUUGCUUCGUGUCAGAUCGAGCAGCUCUACUCUCAGAUCUUUGAGCUGCAAGGCCCGGCCCUCAUUGCUCCUGUUCAGGUGCUCGUCGAGUUGUGUCAGCGCUUGACUGUCGAUCGACUGAGGACGCGCACCGGAUCGGCGACGACGACGCAAUCGCCUCAGAUCAGCCUGCCGACUGCUCGAGUGCAAUUGCCGUAUGACCCCUCUGCGGUCUUCUUGCUCGAAAUCGCGACGAGCAUCGCCUCGCGCUCAUCCGAGUCCAUUGCCGGGCUCUGGCCAAUCAUGUUCGACUUCUUCUCGAAACUACUCGCCGCUGCGAACUCGUUCUCGAGCUUGUUCAACGAACGCGUCGUCGCGGCGUUGCUUCGCCUCUGCGCCGUCGUCGUCGCAGAGGACGACUUGCGCGACUCGACCUUCCUCGCGAUCGACAUGCUGCGGUCCCUCUCCUCCGCCGUUCUGGCCUCGGUCGCCGAGUCGCUCAUGGCGGGCUUGGCUCGUCUCUUCCACGAAUCCGCCGAUCGCAUCCACUCCAAAACGGAAUGGAACCUCAUCUUUGCUUUGUUCUCAGCGACGCUCCAACAGGAAGCUGCCGCCAAGAUCUCGUUCGAGUUGAUGCAGAAACUCGCGGCGGGCAAGAAGGACGACAAGGCUAAACUCGGUCCCAACAACUACGCUUCAUUCUUGGUCGUGCUCGUCGCUUUCGCGAACGUCAACGUCGCCUCUUCUUCUUCGACGACGUCGAUGGCAACGGCACCGAGUGGCAAUAUGCGGAUGCCGCCGAGAUCGACGACGGCCACGAUUGAGGCUGAUCGAGGGAUGGAGGACCCCGCUGCUCAAAGGGCGGGACAGAUCGUCGAUAUUCUCAAGAGUACCCAAGAGGCGCUCCCUUCGUUGAUCGCCGAAUCGAACCUGUCCGCUACGCGAGCAUGGGAAGCUUCGUGGAUCCCACUGCUCUCAGCCUACGCUCAACUGUGCCUGAACCCAUCCCGAGAACUACGCCAAAUCGCGAUCUCGUCCUUACAACGCACCUUGGUUGCUCGAGAGAUUCUGGACAACCCCAAUGUCGAUUUCACGACCAUCUUUGAACGCGUUUUCUUCCCCAUGUUGGAGGAACUGCUUAAACCACAAGUCUUCCGUCGCGAUCCGGAAGGGAUGGGGGAGACGCGACUGCGCGCAUCGGCGUUGUUGUGCAAGAUCUUCCUGUCGUAUUUGACCCAGUUGUCGGAGAGGCAAGGGAUGGAAACAAUGACGCAGUUGUGGUUGAGGAUUCUGGGGUAUCAGGACCGGUUCAUGCACUCGGGGCGGAGGGAUCAGAUGGUGAGUUUACGGCGUUCCCGGCGUUCCCGGCUCAAUGCUCUUUGUACCAUUGGACCGACUUGGAUACUGACCACACACUAUCUUCCUUGCCGUUAUCGCGCGUAGUAUGAAGCCGUCCCUGAAUCACUCAAGAACGUGCUUUUGGUCAUGAACGAAGCCGGAUCGUUGCGCCCUCCACACGACCCGAAACGGACGCCCGAGCAUGCCCCUCUUUGGGACGCGACGUUCGAACGCAUCGAGCCUUUCCUACCCGGGCUCAAAAACGAAUUGUUCCCUCCUCCUAAAGCACCCGUACCUUUCUCGAACCUUGUGCCAGGUGGUGGUGGUGGUGGUGGUGAUGGUGGUGUGGGCGGGUCAGCACCGUUGGCUCCUCCUCAGAUGAUGUCACAACCGCCGCCUCUGCCGCCGCACACUCAACAGCCGCCGCCGCCGAGAAUGACGACCCCUCCUCGACCGGCCGGUCAGUCGAACGAAUAUCAUGACCAAGAUCACGGACGAAGUCCCGCGUCAAUGGAAUCAAUCGUCGUGUCGAUGCUAUGA